AUGGUGGAUGGCAGUCGUACUGGUGCGUGGGGGAGCGGGUAUGGAGCGGCCGCGGCGCUGGCCCUGGCUGCUGGGGACGCGGCCAACCUCACCAGGUGCCUGGCCCUGCUGGCGCCCCUUGCUGACUUACGACACCACAACUCGUUCUGGUCGGAGCGCUACGCGGGUGUGGGUGGUGGAGCGUCCCUAGGAGUGUGGCGCCGCGCGUCCUCGGUCCCUCCUCGGCGCGUGUUGCUCGCUCACGCCACCGCGGACGUGCGAGCUCCUCCGCCUCACGCCCUCGUUCUUGCACGAGCUCUCAUACAAGCCAGGGCCGUGUACUCUCAUCAGGUGUAUCCUGAUGAGGGUCACUCCUUCGAGCGCUCGUUCCUGCACGUGUACUCCUCCAUGGAGCAGUUCUUCGACGAGUGUUUCGGUCCCGUGGAGCUCGCGGACUGGGACAACCCCGGGGGACUGUUCCCAUUCAGGGAUUGA